CUGCGUUCUUUGCUCCGGCUGCUACAGAAUUGGGACUUUAGUUAGCUGGCGCCGGCGGUGACGGUAGCUGGAAGACGAGUUGUCGUUUCUCCUUCGCUUUUGGAUGACAUUUCCAUUUCUGUGCGGCGGUUCGUUUUCCCGUGCGAGGGCUUAAAAAAAAAAAAAAAGUAUUGUGACUUGGAAACGUCUCUGCCCUUAUUACGUCUACUACAGUGCCCCGGCGGGCAGCGGAGGUUUGUCAGCUCUUCGCGUCACCUCAUGGUUCCUAAUGGGCAGGAUGCGCGUGUGAGUUGCACAAUGUGACCCCCUCUUCUUGCCGUCCCCGCAGACUCCCCAUUAGACAAUGCGGUUUGUCAGACACCUACAAGGAGUCCGGCUGAGCAGCAGUAACAGCCCUUUAUGGCAAGAAACCUUCCCUUCAUAAAUAAAAGCACAAAACAGGGGGCUUGGUCGCUGCUGCUCCUUCAUGUAGCUCAUCCUAUAUGUGUAUGUGUUGCUUCUCAGCCCUGUUUUGGGAGAAGCUGCUCUGAACAAUAUCACAUUUACUUCUUUUUCAUUUUUUUUUUUUUACAUUAAAUAUUUUCCUAUUUUUCGAGUUGAACUCCUUUCUAACAGCUGCUGUACAAUAAUUUGCCAUCGCUGUUUUAAAUCUUAUACUGACUAAGAAUAUUUUGUAACUUUACUGGAAAAAAAGGAACAUUUUUCGAGGUUUUGCUUUUUUUUUUAUUUUAAUUUUGAUUAUUUUUGAGGCCAAAGGAUUAUUGUUUUGUUAGUUCCAUGCAGACGGGUUUGAAGAUGAUUGCCAGACGCUCACUGCAGUAUCUGAACUGUUUGCCUUUACUGGUCCUUUUGCCCUGUUCUCUGGUUCAAAGCGCGUCGGAUACAGCCAGUUUGGAAAAUUACAGUGCCCUGGUCAAUGUGACCAUUCAAGACCCAAGUAGCAGUCCAGUGCUCUUAAGAAUUGAUGGGGGACGCUACGGACUGGACUCUGCCAAAACAGAAGCCAAAGGGCUUCUCCUGACACCAGUUCACAUCCAUGGAGCGGCCGAUCGACUUGGCUGUGAUCCUCAAACACGUUUCAACGUCCCGCCCAACACGAAGCAUUGGAUAGCACUUCUGCAGCGAGGGAACUGUACGUUUAAGGAGAAGAUCCUGCGUGCUGCAUCCCAUAAUGCCUCCGCUGUUGUCAUCUACAAUAACAACUCCAAGGAAGAAACAGUCACUAUGACUCACCAAGGCACAGGGGAGAUAGUUGCCAUAAUGAUCUCCGAGGCAAGAGGCAGAGAAAUCUUGAGCUAUAUGGAGAGAAAUAUCUCGGUACUUAUGGCCAUAGCGGUGGGCUCACGCAACCAACCCAAAAAUUUUAGCCGGGGCUCCUUGGUCUUCGUUUCCAUCUCCUUCAUCGUCCUGAUGAUCAUUUCUUCUGCUUGGCUGAUAUUUUACUUUAUACAGAAGAUAAGAUACACAAGUGCUCGCGACCGGAACCAGCGCCGACUUGGGGACGCAGCUAAGAAAGCCAUCGGCAAGCUGACCACAAGAACGGUCAAGAAGGGGGAUAAGGAAACGGAGCCAGACUUCGAUCACUGUGCUGUCUGCAUAGAGAGCUACAAGCAGAACGAUAUUGUUAGAGUGCUGCCGUGCAAGCACGUUUUUCACAAAGUAUGUGUGGAUCCCUGGCUUAGCGAACACUGCACCUGCCCCAUGUGCAAACUCAAUAUUCUGAAGGCCUUAGGAAUUGCUGCAAACGUACCGUGUAGUGAUAAUGUAGCCUUUGAUAUGGAGCGACUGACCAGGAGCCAACCAGCUAAUCGGAGAUCUGCACCCAGUGACCCUACAGAGGAAGGAUCCCUGAGCUUGGAAUCAUUACGUUCCUCUGGAAUAUCCCAGGUCCCUCAUGAUGUGGAGGUCAUUCCAAGGACUGGGGAAAUUAACAUUUCUGUGACAAGUAGCCUCUUCUUUCACCGUAACUCACUAUCCCCCCGGAGCCUGGGCUAUGAGACGGAGUUAUCCACCAUCGAACCUUCUCUCGACAUUUACGACGAGAACAAGACUUGAGUUGUUACUUGAUCUGUUCUUCUAUCAGAUGCCCCACCAUAAUAACUGUCUCCUCUUAUCCCCAUCCUGCCAUCAUCCCUACUUUAUUAACUGUCCUGAUGUGUGUCCUCUGUCUCCAGUGAUGAGCCCAACGUCAAAAGCACAUUGUCCUUUCCUGCCAACGAAUUGGGAAGCAGCUUUAAAAUCUGGGAGCACUAGAUCACGUUGAAUUUUGUGCAUGGAAAAGCACAAAAGAAACCAGAGGAAAAACGAGAAAAAAAAAUUGUGAUAGAAUCACUUCUGGGAAACUGCUAUAACCUAUUUAUCACGGCAGAGCUGCAAAGGCGGGGAGAGGCCUUUAAAUAUACACUCUGUCAUUCCUCAUGUUCUUUGACAUUGUACAUCUCUAAUAGUUGGACCACCAAUAACGAGCUUUUUUGGGUAUAUUCGUUUUAAAAAGACCAAAGGUUCUUCAUGAACCCAAUAGCCUGUUUUCAACCAGCCUGGCAGUUAGUGUUGUUAGGACAGUGUGCCGUUAAUUUCACCUUUUUUUUUGUUCAAUGCAGUAUUAAUAAUAGAACAAUAACAAAAGCAGAGGUGCAAUGAGCAGGCAUCAGGCUAAAAACACACUGGCCAAUCAAACUAUUUUCCUUUCUACUGUAUUUUGUGACUUGUAAACUGCACAAUGAACCACUUUAUUUGUUCUUGCCAUGCAGUAUGGAUGUAAGUGCAAUCAAGAGGAUACUGAUUUUUUUUUUGUCUACGGAGCUGAGGGCAAUGUAGAACUUGGCCUAUUCUUUAAUGAGAUGGAAGGAUCAUGCUGAGAGCAGCACAAAACCAUUUCUGGCCAAUGCCAAUGGCAGAUCUUUGUGUUGUCGCUUGCAAUGCUGACAUUCUUUUCCCAAAAGGCAAUAUAGUGACACACUGCGUGCAGGAGCUCCAAGACGUUUGUAUCCGCUUGCCAUUCAGUAACAAGAGCUAUAUUUUAAGGCCUAGGUUACACAACAUGGCUGUGUCCAGGAAGUAAUCUAGAAGCUGUUGUAAUGACCACUUUUCAUUGUGGUUCCUGAAAAGGUGAUAUUUUCACAGCUCACCGUAACAGUAGUAAAAUAGGUUACCACUGUGAAAAAGAUAGAGGCUUCAGCGAGUGCUGGGAGGGGUUUCUCAGCGGAGAGAUGCUUGCUUACAAAUGGCUUGAUACGGUGUGUAAUCAUUUACAGCAUUGCUCCAUGACUGGAAAGCUCACGGUGGAGUGAGGUGGGAGUAGCAAGGAUAACCAUUACCGACCUUGUUAUUCAGCAAUUACCUGCCAGUUGAGCAGCAGUCCUUCAUGGAAGGAACUUGGGAACUGCCAUAAAUGGAAAUUCAUUGAACUCUUUUAACCAGUACCCUGUCAUUUAGCAGUACGUUUCUAUUUAAAGGGAAACCAGAAGCCUCUUAAUAGUAGUCAUUAUAUUUAAUACCAUUAUGUUAGCCAGUACACGAUUUAUCCAUGAAAAUUUUUUUGUGUAUGUUGACAACUGACAUGAUGCUUCCUUCAGAUGCAGAAUCCUCCACAGACCUUUGAACAACACGAUUUUGUGGGCAAUAGGUUAGAAUCGAAGGGGGAUAUUUAUCAAAGGUAAAGUGCUAGGGUAGAACUACACGGACGACUUCUAUGCGUUUUCGGAUCCGACGUGCUGCGCCAAAACGCAGGCGUCAAAUCGGAUGCAACGGAAAAUAAGGUAAGCAAUAGCAAUGUCGGAUGGUGUUGCAGCGUUCAUCUGACAGUUUUGAUGCAGCACAUUUUUGGCGCAGCGUGUUGGAUCCGCCGAAAACGCACUGAAGUCGUCCAUGUAGUUCUACCCUUAAGAGUUUUUUCUCGAAUGUAUCAUAUUUAAGAAAGAACUGAAAUGGCAAAAACCUGCGAGUUUGAGUCCCAAAAACUCGAAUUAAUCAAGUUUUCAGCGAAAAAAACUUGAAUCGCUAGAGUUUUUGGGCAAAACCCUCCGAAGAAAAAGCUCAAACCAUCCUCAAAUG